AUGUAUAAAGUCAAGGCCAUCUACGACUACGCGUCCCCCCACGAAGAUGAUUUGGGCUUCAAGAUCGGCCAGAUAAUCUCCGUCACCGAGGAGGAGGGCGACGACUGGUAUGUGGGCGAAUACACCGACGACAGCGGCACCAAGCACGAUGGCCUCUUCCCCAGGAACUUCGUCGAGCGCUACGAGCCAGCGCCGCCGCCACGGCCCAACCGAGCUUCACGGCACAAGCCAUUAGAGCAGCCGCCUGCGCAGGAAGCCCCCCCUACGCCUCAGGUGCCGCAACAGGAGCCAGAGCCAGUCCAGCCUAAAGAACCAGAGCCGCCCAAGCCUCAACCUCCUCCCAUCGAGGUGCCCAACGCUGCCAAAACAACACCGCUGCCCAUGUCACCAAUGUCACCCCGCUCUGCGUCGAGCGCGAAGGCUCAAGAAGCUCUACCACCGCAGUCAGAGUCGUCCAAGCCAGCUCCUCCUGCAAAAAAGGCCCCGCCCCCUGUCGCCCCGAAGAACAAUGCCUUCCGGGACCGUAUUGCCGCUUUCAACAAGACGAGUGAUCCUCCGCCCAAACCUAUCAAGCCAUCCGGCGGCGCUCCGAGUUUCAUCAAGAAGCCAUUCGUGGCUCCUCCACCGAGUCGAAAUGCCUACAUUCCUCCUACUCGAGAGGCGGCUCCUCCAGUCAAGACAUACCGCCGUGACGAGGAUCCGGAGAUUGCAGAGCGCCAGGCGCAGAAUCAGAACGAUGCAGAGCGCGCGGGUCUAGUUGCUCAUGACGCCCCGAAGGCGAACGAAGGCGAAGAAGAGCAGCAGCCCAAGAUCAGCCUGAAAGAACGUAUUGCUCUGCUUCAGAAGCAACAGCAGGAGCAGGCAGAAAGGAUGGCAGCUAUGCACAAGGAAAAGCCAAAGCCUAGGCCGCCCGUGGUCAAGAGGACUGAGUCCCAGGAUGCUCAUGCUGAAGACAGCGAAGACACUGGUCUAGAGCGCGUGACAAGUGGAGCAUCUAAAGGUCGUGUAUCCAUGGAUCAGCAUCGACCUCCGCGGACAUCUCACGACAUCCGGUCUCCAGACUCGCAAAUGCGCAAUCGCGAACUACUCAGCGAAAACGAUGCCGAUCAAUCUGCUGCUGGAGACACCGAGGAUGCUGGAGGAGAGUCCACAAGUGUCGAGGAGGACGAGGAUCGACCGAAGAGCAGGCACCCACCGCCGCCACCGCCUAGAGCACCCACUGCCCCUACGGAAGAGCCUAAUGUUGGCGAUGAGCAAGACGUGCCCGAAGAAGAGGAGGAAGAAGACGAAGAGGAAGAUGAAGAAACUGCAGAGCUGAGACGUAAGGAAGAGCUACGCGAACGCAUGAGAAGACUGGGUGGCGGCAUGGGUGGAAUACCCAUGUUUGGCGGACCCAUGCCUAUGGGCGGUCUUCCACCAAAACCAAAGAAGAAAUCGACUGCUGAGAAGAAGCCUGAGGAGACUGAGGAGUACAAUAUGCCCCAGCAACGAGUCCCUAUGUUUGGGUUUGGUAUGCCUGGUAUGCCGCCCGUCAAAAGUCCAGAGCCCGAGGACCGCACGCUUUCCGUCGAAAAGGAAGAUGAGACCCCGCACCCUGUCACCAGCGCUCAUCCAGCGGACAAAGUGCCCGAUGUAGAAGAAGUUGCGUCUCAGCCAGUUCAGCCAACGCCUACCGGCGAUGGUCCCCCACCUGUCCCAACAGACCGUAAGUUUCUGAUUCCUCGCAAGCCCAUCUACGCUUUUGUACGCCAUGCCCGAGACUGUAUGCAGUUGCCAUCUUCCGAGACCUUGUCAAAGACCUAUGUCACUUACGACGGUCUAUCGGAAUAUGUUAUGACUGUAUGCGCGUCUAGACGUCCUGCACCUCCUCCGGUGCCAUCAGCGUCUCGACCGGUGCCGCCACCCCCUCCGCAGGUUCUCUCUCCUGGACCCGGAUCUGAGUCUGGCGAUGAGAUGACAGAUGUCGCUGACACCCCGUCUGCUCCAAGCCAAGCACACAACAAGCGGGCUUCGUACUUUGCCUCCAGUGAGCUAUCACAGGACCCAUCGGAGAGGCGUGCGCCUCCCAUUCCGUCUGCGGGCCCCGCAUCCCCUACAAUAGGCCGACCACCUCCGCCACCUCCACCGGCACAAGCACCCCCUUCGCGUCAUGAGGACCUACCCAUCCGAAGACUGGACCGUAAUGAGGGCGAAACCGACUAUGAAGGUGACUAUGAUACGGACAUGGCACCAGAGGCAACUCACAAGGAUGCCUUGAAGUCACAUGCUAGAGAUUCUAGUGUAGAUGACAACACCCUGACAGACGAGCCAACCUCAGCACGAUCACCCACAAUUCCCCACGGAAUGCCGCCUCUACCUCCUACUGCACCCCGUGCAGUGCCACCUCCUCCACCUCAGCAAGCGCCCAGUCGGCCAUCAACAGAUGCUCCCCGUGGUGCACCUCCUCUUCCACCGGUACCACCGCCAACUCGCAACGCCCCUAUGGACGACGAUGAUGACGAUUACGACCCGUACAAGUAUACCGGACCACCUCGCCCACAAGCUGCAGCACCUCCAGCUCCUAGGGCAGUGCCACCACCUCCACAAAGUCAGCCGCCUCCCCCGCAGAGUCGUCCACCGCCACCAAUGCCUCCAUCGAUGCCUCCUCUUCCACAGCGUCAAGAAUCAGACGACGAGGACGAUCUGUACUCUUCGCCCCCGCCUCGGAAAUCUCACGACAGACCGCCACCUCCACCACCUCAAGCCCCGCCGCAUCAGCAUGCACCUCCACCUCUUCCACACUUACAGGCUCCGCCUCCCCCGCCUCAAGAAAGAAUGGUGCCGCCGCCACCGCAAGAGCGUCCUGUUUCAAUGUUCUCACCCGUUGCAACGGAGGCACCACCUCGGAUACUGAAUACUCGAAAGUCGCUUGAUGCGGGCCAAAUGCUGACAUCUCGAGCCUCUAUGGACCAGGCUCGUCCGGCGACGAACCAAGGCUUCAUCGCGAGCGAUAUCGAUUUGGGGGUUUCGUCGCAUUGGUGGACUCAACCCAAGCUGCUCCCUCCCUCACUACAGGGCCGCAAAGACGUUUUGGUAGACAUGAAGGAGUCGCAAUCAGGCAACACAGUGGAGAAACUCAUCAAAGUUCUCUACCUAGAUUAUUCACAAACAAUCAUUUCCGCUCGCUUCGAGGCCAACAACGUCUCCGAUGUGGACCUUGAGCAGCGCAAUGAGCCACCACCUCCCAGCCAGCGUCCUGAUCAGCUGGAGAACGCCUACGAACAGUUUGGUCGCUCGAUAGCCAAAACGAUUGAAUCAAAGCAGAACACUGUCGUGGGCAAUGGCACGCCCCAUGGGCUGGUUGACGAGCUGUUCAAGCCCUUCAAUGACGCACUGCCCCCAAUCUCAACUCGCUCCUAUGGUGCGCUUGUUUACGCUAACCUAGCCAACGCGUCAACCCAGUCUUAUGAUGAAAUUCGCCCUGGUGACAUUAUCAGUUUCCGCAACGCUAAGUUCCAGGGCAAGACUGGACCAAUGCAUGCCAAGUACGCCAUGGAUGUAGGGAAGCCGGAUCACGUGGGUGUCGUUGUCGAGUGGGAUGGUAGCAAGAAGAAGGUGAGGGCUUGGGAGCAAGGACGUGAGCACAAGAAGCUCAAGCCUGAGAGCUUCAAGAUGGGAGAUUUGAGAUCAGGUGAAGUGAGGGUAUGGCGUGUAAUGAGCAAGAGCUGGGUUGGGUGGAAUUGA